CCGCGCCACGAGGAGAUGCACACACAGUCAUUCGGUCGGAGUGGUGGGCUAGUCUGUCGAACAGUGUAUCGUAAAAAACAUGACACAUUCGGAUUCAUCGUUGCAUAUAACAGCUAUGGGAGGAGAUACCUCGUAUCCUGCACCCCAGACUGCUCCAGUCCGACCUAGAGAUGUGCCAAUGUUUUCUGAUUUUGAACAACAGGGUGGCAUGGAUGGUAAUUGUAAAAGUGGUCUUUGGGAUACAAAAAAACUGCAGAAUCGUCCCAAGUCGUGUGAAGUGCCUGGAAUAAACAUAUAUCCUUCAGAACAAGAAACAGGACCCGUGCCGAUUCCUAUCCAAAACACGGGCUCGCUACCUGACCUGACAAAUAUACACAUCCCCCCGCCGUUGAUGACACCCUUAGACAAUGAUGACCAGACAAUGUACAACCACAGUAGCACUAAUAACCUCCGUGCAAAUACCGUACAGAUUCUUGGCAUGUCGCCAAGUCCGUCAUCACCCCAGCCACAUAGCCCACAACCACGUAGCCCACAGAUGAGUCCCGCAAUAAGUCCGCAGAUUCAGCGUCGAAAUAAAACAAAUCCAGUUGCAAUCUCUUUAGGACAUCGUAACCAAGGGCAUAUACAAAUGCAAGACUCAGGGGGACUGGUGAUGGACCAGAAUACACCCAAGUAUCAAGUUUUUCAAAACCAACCACCACAGUCACCUCAGCACUCUAGUAACAUAUUAUCUCUCGAUAAGUCUGGUAUGCAACAGUAUAGAGACACAUCAAAUGUUAUGCCUACAACAUCAUGUUCAUCUCCAACUUCCCCUGUAUCUAACCCCAACCUCUCACCUGCAGCCUCCCCUGGGCCGCCAGGGUCAGUUGGCUGUGCAUCACCAGCGCUAUCGGAUACAUAUUCACGAGUUCUACAGCAACAGUUUGAAGACUUUACUAUGGUUGCCGAUCACAGUCCAACACAUCAACCUCAGUACCAGUUUCAGGGGAUGUUUCUUGAUCAAAAUUAUUUUGGCAAUCAGCAACCAUACCACCAUAACAAGGUGCCGCCACCAGCUUACCACCAGCCUUUCCCUCAGUAUCCUCAAGUCAACAACAUACCAUCAAUUAUUUUGUCUGGCGUAACAGAUUCCCAGGACAUGGCAAAGGACAUUCAUUCAGCAAUGGUAAGCUACGACCAGGAGGCGCUGUUCUCUGCGGAAGACACAUUAAAGUUGGACCCGCUGGAAUGCGAGGAUUUCCAGAUGCUUCUUGAGAAUGACCCAGUUACUGAUCAAUCCACCGAGGAGUCCUUCAGAGCGGACGGCUUGGGAGGUUUGUACAAGUAACAUCAUCGCGAUGGACAGAAUCGAUCCAAACGGGUGGUGCGUUUUGAAUGUUAUUGAUCUGGGAAUGAACACUUACUCUCAGCAGAAUUGGAGCUACGUCGCUCAGUGGGUUUUUUUUUUCCUUGGGGUAAAAAAAAAUAAUUAAAGUUUAACAUCAAGGUCGAUGCGUGUGAUUGGAGUAGACUAAGUGGUUUAUGUUUAUUCCUUUUGAUUGUGGAUCCUGUACAGUUAGGAGCACCACUGUCUCCCUCAACCAGGCAGAUGAUGAUAACGAUGACACGGCCCAGACGCAUAGGAAUACGUCUGGGAAGUCGAUAGUAUGCAAGUGCAAUUUGGAAAAACAAAUGAAACAAGGAUAAGAAGCCAGUGAAGUGGGUAAUAAGUUCACCACUGUUCUAAAUUUUACAUGUGUUGUGUGUGUGUGUGUGGUAUGAACAUGAGGGAGGGGGUAAAGGGAGUGUAUGUGUGUGUGGGGUGUAUAUCCCUCCAUGUAUCAUGGAAUUCUGAAAUUGGAACAUUGAAUGUAAGGGUACGGGAAAAACAGUUGCUAAAUAAGCAUGUUGAAAAAUGACGAGCAUGUCACAUUAAUAUGGUUGCAGAUCUAAUCUUGAGUAAAUAUUCAUUUAACAGAGGAGAAAAUAACAGAAAAGGCCUUGCUAUAUUGAUGUGUUGUUUGUGGAUGACGAUGCCAAUGUUUUUCUCGUGCCCUGCAUGCUUCAUUAUUGUUUUGAUUGGUACUAUUGCUUUUAUUGUUGUCCUGCAGUAUAGUCACAUUUGAUGUACAGGUAUUCAUACUUGGUACCCAUUAGGUCACUGAUAAGCAGAUUGGAAGUAAGUGUGACCUGUAUCAUAUCAGUACUUUUAUUUUUAUUUUUAAGUCUAGAAGACCACCCUUAUUGCCAUAGCUACAGAAGUGAUUGAAGUUGAUAGGACAUUACAAAAGUUUGAAAUCAGCAGGUUCUUUUUUCAGAUUUAAAUUAUAGAUUAUUUUUCUAGGCAGAUAUGUUCUAGGCAGAUUUCAUCUCAUUUUGCAAACACAACCCAUGAAAUUGUACAGAAUUAAUUAAU